UUUACAUUCUAAGAUCUUUUUAUAACCAAUCAAACAAUUUUUUCUCAAAAGAAAGGAUUGAAUUCCAUUUCUUUAGCUCUUGAGAUUCUAAUUCGUGUAGAUUCCUCAUUCUAUAUCUUUGGUAAGCGGUUCAACAUCAGAAAAAUUAGGAACAUCAAAAUCCCAGGUCAGCCUGCUCAAAGAUAACGCAGUCGAUCAAACAAGACAACCAGGCGAUCAUAUAAUUAUUAUUCUAUUAAUCAGUACAGCUCCCCAUACCAUGUUCUGUUUAUCAAACCACUGAAGACGAUUUCACCUCUUCUCUGCGCUCUCCUAACACCAAACCAAAAGGCAAACGCAACUUCAUGUUUCCUUGAUCCUGAAUUCCACCUUUUAUUUAAAGAUUAGCAGUUCAAUCACACCUCGAAUCGAAUCUAUCGUGCCUACCCUUGUUUCAAGACAGAUUCUGAUUCAUCAUAAUCGACUCUAGUUCAUUCUGUUUGAUGCUUGAUUUAGCAGCCCAGAACUAGGGUUUAGAGUCAAUGAAGGCCAUGGAGACUUUACAGGAUCUGAUCGAAGAAGCAAAGCUUCGUACUGUGUGGUGGGCUCUUUGUAUCUUCGCUGUCUCUUACUUCUUAGCACACACAAGUAAAUCAAUGUGGACGAAUGUUCCUAUAGCAAUACUCAUGGUAUCAGAAAAGAAGCAAUUAUCUGUGAAUGAUUCACGGCUUUCCACCUUGCCUCCCCCGCCUAAGUGGAAGAGGAAAGUCGAUUCUCCAAUGGUGGAGGCUGCCAUGGAGGAUUUCAUUAACAAGCUUUUGCAAGAUUUUGUUGUUGAUCUAUGGUAUUCAGAUAUUACACAAGACAAGGAAGCACCUGAACUUAUUCGGGCAAUUAUUAUGGAUGUUCUUGCAGAAAUAUCUGCAAGAGUCAAGAACACAAAUCUUGUUGACUUGUUAACAAGGGAUGUGGUUGAUCUAGUUGGGGUCCACCUAGAGCUUUUUAGAAAAAACCAAGCUGCAAUUGGAGUAGAGGUUAUGGUAACAUUGUCUUCAGAAGAAAGAGAUGAAAGGUUGAAACAUCAUCUCAUGGCAUCUAAAGAGCUUCAUCCUGCUCUAUUAUCUCCCGAGAGUGAGUACAAGUUUUUGAAACGGAUUAUGGGGGCUGUCUUAGCUGUAGUGUUAAAACCACGGGAAGCUCAAUCCCCUUUAGUUCGAUGCAUUUGUAGAGAGCUUUUAACAUGUUUGGUUAUGGAACCUGUAAUGAGAUUUGCAAGCCCUGGAUACAUCAAUGAGUUGUUGGAGCUUAUUUUCUUGACCUCCACUAACAAUGGAGGUGAAGAUCAAUCACCAAAUGUUAAAGAUCAUAAACAAGAUCAAUCCACAAGCACAAAAAGUUCUGAUCUUUCUAAUAGUCAAAAGAAUGACAUGACAAUAUCUAAACAUGAUGCAAAUAUAGAACAUCCCUUAGAUGCAUCUUGCAAAAUCGUUACCGAUUUAAAUCAAGAAAAAACAAAGAGUUUACCUGCUGCUGAUUGGGCUCGGGUUCUUGAGGCUGCAACCCAAAGAAGGACAGAGGUUCUUCAGCCUGAGAAUCUUGAAAAUAUGUGGACAAAAGGAAGAAACUACAAGAAGAAAGCUCAGAAGCAUGCUACUCGAGGGCAAAAUAGUAAUAUCAAGAAAGAUAAGCUUGAGAAUUCGAGUUCUGAAAAGUUUCCACCAAGGCCUCAUGAUGUUGAUCAGAGGAAUACUUUGAGUCUUGAUGGGGGAGCUGAAGAGAGUUCUAGUGUGAUUAAGUUUAGGAAAUCUAACAGCACAUCUGAUUUGAUAAAGGACACCCAGAUUGAAACCGGGUAUCCGGAUCAAGUCAGUGGGUCAAUUAUCUCAGAGUUUUAUACUGCAAAUGUUGGCAAAAAAGAUGUACAUAAUAAUGUUAAUGCUGCUUCUGAUAAAGUAUUACGCAUUGAAGGAUGUGUCCCAAAGCUUAAGUGCAGGGUUCUAGGAGCUUAUUUUGAGAAACUCGGGUCAAAAUCUUUUGCUGUUUAUUCAAUUGCAGUGACGGAUGCUGAAAACAACACUUGGUUUGUUAAAAGAAGAUACAGGAAUUUUGAGAGAUUACAUCGCCAGCUAAAGGACAUUCCAAACUAUACUUUACAUUUGCCUCCUAAAAGGAUAUUUUCAUCAAGCACAGAAGAUGCAUUUGUUCAUCAACGUUGCAUUCAUCUUGACAAAUAUUUACAAGAACUUUUAUCAAUAGCUAAUGUUGCAGAGCAACAUGAAGUGUGGGACUUUUUGAGUAUCUCAUCAAGGAAUUACUCUUUUGGAAAGUCUUCUUCAGUAAUGAGAACCUUAGCAGUGAAUGUGGAUGAUGCUGUGGAUGAUAUUGUGCGUCAGUUUAAAGGUGUUUCAGAUGGUUUGAUUCGGAAAGUUGUGGGCCCAUCUUUCACUGUUGAUCCCAUGAGCAAAAGCUUAACAUGGAAAGCAGAUGAACUUAGCAAUUCCUACUCCUACACAAGGCAAGGUACAUCGGAAUCAGCAAAUAGUCUUUCCGAUAACGAGGAGAAUGGAGUCGUUGAUUCCAUUCCCACUGCACAACCUAACGGGUGGCAUUCAGACAACGAGUUAAACUCAAAAGGAUUCCCACCAAGAGUUGUCAAACAUGAUGAUCUUUUAAGAAGCUUAGAUCAUGAGAAAAGAGCUGAAAUACUCAAUCUUGCUGCAAAUUUUCCUUCAACUUCUGAUUCCAUGGAAGAUCCACUCGGUGUUCCAGCAGAGUGGACACCACCUAAUGUGAGUGUUCCUUUGCUUAAUCUGGUGGACAAUAUAUUUCAACUUAACCGAAGAGGGUGGUUAAGACGACAGGUGUUUUGGAUAUCAAAGCAAAUUUUACAGUUGAUGAUGGAAGAUGCUAUUGAUGAUUGGCUUUUAAGGCAAAUACAUUGGCUUAGAAGAGACGACAUUGUUGCUCAUGGGAUACGUUGGAUACAAGAUGUUUUAUGGCCUGAAGGCAUAUUUUUUACAAGAUUAACUGCCCAAAGUCAAACAGGUUCUUAUCAUUCUGAUCAAGAUACUCCAAAAACAGCAACUCAUUCAUCGGGCAGUAAAGUCUAUAAACAAGGGUCGUUUGAGGAGCAACUUGAGGCUGCCCGAAGGGCUAGUGAUGUCAAAAAGAUGAUUUUUAACGGAGCGCCUUCCACAUUGGUGAGCUUGAUCGGUCAUAACCAAUACAAGCGUUGUGCAAAAGACAUCUAUUAUUUUCUCCAGUCGGCUGUCUGUUUGAAGCAACUUGCGUACGGAUUACUCGAACUUGUGGUCAUAACGGUUUUUCCCGAGCUGCAUGAUAUUGUAACUGAUGUUCAUAAGAAGGAAGCAACAUGAGUGUAGAUUAUUCCAAGAUUCCACUCAAGUUUUCAGGGUUUUUGCCUUUUAAGUUUUGGAUAUGUCGGCUGAUGUUUAUUUUUCUGUGAUUUGGCUAUAACUGUACAAAAAGGUGUUAGUUAGUAGUGUGUGCAUAGUCUUUGAAGAGUAGAUGGUGUUGUACAACCUAUCUUAUUAUGGUUUGAAAGAACCUUUUUGAGCUCAGUUUUGUAAUUAUGUCUGUUGCUUGACUAGCUUUUGGAGUCGUUUUGAAAUUGAAUAUUCUUCCAUUGAUGUCUCUAAAAUCUUUUGUACCAUUUAAAAUGCAAUGUUGACUUUAAAUAUUAUAGAACUCUCUAUAUGUCCU